UAAUUGUCCCAACCUUCAUAUAAACCUCUUAACGCCGCACAUUUUUCUUCGGGUUUUUACUUUAAGCAAAGAGCAAUCGCCUCAAUUCUUCGAAAUCCAAAACAGAAAACGAUGGCGGAGAGAGCUCCGGUCGAGUCUGUGCAAUGCUUCGGCCGCAAGAAGACAGCGGUGGCCGUAACUUACUGCAAGAGAGGCCGUGGUCUGAUAAAGAUCAAUGGCUGUCCCAUCGAGCUCGUUGAGCCCGAGAUUCUCCGUUUCAAGGCUGUCGAGCCAAUCCUCCUCCUUGGCCGCCAACGUUUCGCUGGCGUUGACAUGAGGAUCCGAGUCAAAGGCGGAGGUCACACUUCUCAGAUCUAUGCUAUCCGUCAAAGCAUUGCUAAAGCUCUGGUCGCUUUUUACCAGAAGUACGUCGAUGAGCAAAGCAAGAAGGAGAUUAAGGAUAUUUUGGUCAGGUACGAUAGGACUUUGCUGGUGGCUGAUCCGAGGAGGUGCGAGCCCAAGAAAUUCGGUGGAAGAGGUGCUAGGGCAAGGUUCCAAAAGAGUUACCGUUGAAGAAAUUUUCUGGUCAUAUGUUAUUGAUUGAUUUAGGGUUCAGUAGUACGGAUUCCCACAGCGCCAUGGGAGUUACUCCUAUCUAUCAUGCUGCCAAAUGGAUCCUUGGUUAGGAAAAUGGCACCAGUUAAGCCCUUAAGAGUAAUAUUUAUUACAUUUUUGUUUUAUAUGUAAACAUUUAGUAUUAUACAAAUAUAUGAGAUUUUGAAGAAUGAAGAGAUGUGCUCAAGCCGAGUAU